GUUCUUGCAUGGACUCAGUCAGGUGCGACUGCCCUACGUGCUUACAUGACUCUGUGGUUGGCCGCGUCCCUACAUUUCUUAACGUCUAUGAAACUUGAUAACUUUCUUUUUGAAGAAAAAUAAAAUUCUGAUAUCUUACAAUUAUUCGCUGUGAUGAACUGUGCCUGAAACAAAAACCUAUCGCGUUAUGUUGUGACCUGUAAUUAUUUUAUAAAGAAGCAAGAAGGACCGCAUCGUUAUUUUUUUCUUGAGUGCCUUUACCAGUGUUGUGGAAGAUCAACUUUGAAGAAGUUCGCCUCCGUAGAAGGAUGCCUCGUGUCGCUUUGUUGCCAUAUUACCGAACUAGAAUGGAUUCGCCUUCUAGAUCGCCCGUUUGCUCGCCGGCUAGCAGUCCAAGAGCUGGAAAUUCUUCACGAAGUGCUAGUCCUUUAUCGCCAAGAUCGCCUAUACCGCCUUCGAAUAGACACAGCGCGUUCUCACUAGUCUGUCCGAGAGAUUUUCAUCCCAAGAAUUACUGGUCAAUGAGAGAAAUGGGAGCUUUCAUGUACGCAAAUCCUUUAUUACCCCAAACAUAUCCCCCGUAUUUAUGGCCCCACAUCCCAGGAAUAUUUCUACCUUACUCCCCAAUUCAACGCCCCCCAGAAGCAGCUAGCCCCGAAAGAGUAACUUCAGUCGAUCCUGGAGUAACCCCGGAAAAAGCAAAAACAGAUGAUGAAGGCCCGCUAAAUCUCUCGAUGAAAGGAAGAUCUCGCGCCCACAGCAUAUGGUCACCAGGUAGUCUUUGCGAGCAAGAAAUGAAAAUGGAAAUAAAACCGGAUUCAAGCAUAGAGACCGCGGUAAAAAUGACCAACUUAAUAGAAAAUAGAUGGAGAUGGGAAAAUCAAGAAAAAGACGUCCAAACCAAAGCACCGACGAUAGGGCCAAGUGGAGAAAAGACAUUUACGUGUCAACAAUGUGGAAAAUCAUUCAAGCGUUCAUCGACAUUGUCAACACAUCUGCUCAUCCAUUCGGACACGCGACCAUACCCAUGCCAGUUUUGCGGUAAAAGGUUCCACCAAAAAUCCGAUAUGAAGAAGCACACGUACAUUCACACCGGUGAGAAGCCACAUAAAUGUGUGGUUUGUUCGAAGGCAUUCAGUCAAUCUUCGAAUUUAAUCACACAUAUGAGGAAACAUACCGGUUACAAGCCUUUCUCGUGCGGACUUUGCGACAAAGCGUUUCAAAGAAAAGUCGAUCUAAGACGUCAUCGAGAAUCUCAGCAUCCAACGGCUUCAGAUACGGUAAUAACAACGCUUUAUAAUCCGAACGAGUUAAAACAUGAGAUCGAAAUGAAACAGGAGGUAACAAGUAGUAGUUAAGAUUAUUAAAAUAAAAGCUUCUUCAAUUCCCGUGUUGAAGUGCCAUCGUAUCAAAACAAAUUGCCAUUGUUUUUAACACGUUAAUAAAAAAAUGACAAAAAAAUGUUUGUGCCGUCCAUUAAGUGCCUAUUAUACAGUAUCCGUCCAAAAAAAAUUAUUGAACAAAAUUAUUGUGUAAAAGAGUGUACAGUAGUCAUUUAAACUAGUUAAAUUUGUAAAGGUAAAGUCUAUUUUGUUAUCCCCGCCCGGAUUAACUUGUUUAAAAAAAAUAUUUUAUCUGGAUCAUUGCUAGUGAUAAUAGUUGUAAAUAAUAAUUGAAACGUUUUUUUUUCUUGGGAUAGAGGGCCAGUUCUAGUCUAUAAAUAAACAGCGUCACUGUUUUUAUUUUGUUAAGUUCGUGACACACGUCGAGAUGUUACCGAAAAAAAGGUGCAAAUAGAUAUACAAAAAAAUCAAAAUUUUGUAUUUUCGAUGUAAAUCAAAAAAAUUAAUUGAAAUCUAAAUAUUAUUAGAGUGUUCAAAUUAUGUUUUUAUUGUUACUUGGUUCCUUUUAGUUCUCUGUAAAGCAAACUAAAUUAACAUUAAGCCAAGGUCGUUUUCGGCCGAGGCGCUACAUUGAUUUAAGUCAAUAUAAACCUUGACUAUAUUGAUACAAACACCUGGUGCCAGCACUUUUUGGAUCUUCUAUCAAUCCCAUAGAUACCUCUGAACCUAUUCCAUAUAUUUCAGCAAAUUUUUCAAUUAUUCCAAGAACCGUAAAGUUAGUUUCUAGUCAGAACAACGCCAAAGCUGGUAUCCAGUUACCGCUUUCAUUUGAUUGUAGUAUUUUCAUGAAGUUCGACAUUAUAAGAUAACUUUCAAGAUUUUGAGGUUAUUGGAAAAUUCAAAAAUUCGUAUAAUCUUUAUUUACAGGAAUUUAUUAAUAACUAAUAUCUCAAAUUAAAGAUAAAACCUUCAACUUUAAGAUAGAUUAACACACUCCAAAUAAAAAUAAACAGAUUUCCUAGAAAACUGAUUUUAUUAGAACCAACUCAUUUUUGACGUUUUGAGGUUAUUGAAAAAUUAAAAAAAUCGUAUAAUCUUCAUUUAGAGGAAUUAAGUGAUGGUUUAUAUCUCAAAUCAAAGGUGAAACUAUCUAUUUUAAGAUAUAUCAUC